GGCGGCUCUUUCUCGGGGGAAUCGCAUCUCCUCUCCUGGACACCGACCUCCUAAAGCUUCCUGACCAAAGGGGCUUUGCUUUCUGCUCAGACUCGGUGCAGACCUUGCUCCAGCCUUCCCGGAGGGGCUUCCGUGAUCCAGCGGCCAUCGUUUCUCCCAGGGGAACAAGAAGGCCUGGCCGUCAUCCGUCUGGAGCAGAGAGCCGGCAUCCCGCCGCCGCGGAGCGCCGGAGCUCGCCGCCCGCCCCACCCUUUUCAGGUCCUGGAGAGGCAACUCUCUUCCGCUUCCACCUGUGGCUGGAGAACAUUGUCCUGAUGGCGGGAGGACAAACGCCGCCGGCGUCUCGUGGGAGAACGUGCUGGUGAAAAAGCCGAUGGGUCGUAGAUGAAUUUUUGCCUCGAUUUCUGCAAAUCGCUGCUUUUAAAGGGGAAAAAAAAUAGGAUAAGAAUCCUGAGAACCUACAAGGGGAAGAGUGAGUGGAUCUGUAGAUGCCCGGCCUGCGGAGACGCCGCCGCCUCUGCUCGGAUCGAGGGGACGGACCGAGCAAGAGGUUUCUCGGAGGAAGAAGAAAGUUGUCCUGUUGCCACGGCUCAUGCUUGUGCUGAACGGGCAGAGGUCUAUGCCGGGAUGCUUGAAUUAAAGCAGCUGGAGCGUCUGCAAGUGACCAGCGGUAGCCGCGAUGAGAGCCCUAGCCCUCGGGUGACACCCUCCUUGGUGACAAAAAUGAUCAAGUCUCGUGGGAAGAUACUCGGAGUGCUGGCUUUGUUUCUCGUGAUGGUGUGGUACUCCAUCUCCCGCGAAGACAGGUACAUACAGCUCUUUUAUUUCCCCGUGCAAGAAAACAAGACGACGUGUCCAGUCGGAGAGGUAGAAAAGAAAGCGGCGCAGCUCAUAGCGAAUUACACGAGGGAUCACCCGCUGUUCUUGCAGCUGAAGGAUUAUUUCUGGGUGAAGACGCCGUCGCUCUAUGAGCUGCCAUACGGUACCAAAGGAAGCGAAGAUGUGCUCCUGCGCUUGCUGUCGAUCACCAGCUACGCCAUGCCCGAGAGCAUCCAGAGCCUCAAGUGCCGGCGCUGCGCCGUGGUGGGCAACGGGCACCGGCUGCGGAACAGCUCCAUGGGGGAAACCAUCAACACCUACGACGUCGUGAUCAGGUUGAACAACGCCCCGGUCCACGGCUACGAGCAGGACGUGGGCUCCAAGACCACCAUGCGCCUCUUCUACCCGGAGUCGGCCCACUUCAACCCCAGGAGGGAGAACGACCCCGACACGCUGCUGGUGCUGGUGCCGUUCAAACCCAUGGACUUCCAGUGGCUGGAGGCCAUUCUCAACGACAAGAAGAGAGUUCGGAAGGGCUUCUGGAAGCAGCCGCCUUUAAUCUGGGAUGCCGACCCAGAGCGAGUGCGCGUCCUCAACCCUUACUACAUGGAGGUGACCGCUGCUAAGCUACUGAACCUGCCCAUGAGGCAACCGCGGAAGGUCAAGCAGAAACCCACGACGGGCUUGUUGGCCAUCACGUUGGCGCUGCACUUCUGCGACCUGGUGCACAUCGCGGGCUUCGGCUACCCCGACUCGGCCGACAAGAAGCAGAGCAUCCACUACUACGAGCACAUCACGCUGCGGUCCAUGGCGGCGUCGGAGCACAACGUCUCGCACGAGGCGCUGGCCAUAAAGCGCAUGCUGGAGCUGGGCCUCGUCAGGAACCUCACCUGCUUCUGAUGAGGAGCCCCUCGCGAGGCCGCGGCGGAGGGAGGCCGCGGCGGAAGGAGGCCGCGGCGGAAGGAGGCCGCCGUGGAAGGAGGCCGCCGUGGAAGGAGGCCACGGUGGGAGGAGGCUGCAGCGGCUGGAGACCGCCGUGGAAGGAGGCCGCAGCAGCUGGAGGCCACCGUGGAAGGAGGCCGCUGUAGAAGGAGGCUGCCGUGGAAGGAGGCCGCAGCAGCUGGAGGCCACCGUGGAAGGAGGCUGCUGUAGAAGGAGACCACCAUGGAAGGAGGCUGCGGUAGAAGGAGGCCGUGGCAGCUGGAGGCCGCCGUGGAAGGAGGCCGUGGUGGAAGGAGGCCGCAGCAGCUGGAGGCCGCCGCGGAAGGAGGCCGCGGUAGCUGGAGGCCACGGCAGAGGGAGGCUGCGGUGGAAGGAGGCCGUGGCGGAGGGAGGCCCGAGCGCCCGAGGAAGGGGGCCGGGGCCGGCCGCCUCUCCUCUCCCAGCCGGCCUGGGGGGAAGGAGGGGGGCUGCCGGGGCGAAACUCGGGGGGUUCUCGCCCGUCCCCUCGCCUCCUUUCCCGUCGGACGAGGGCCCGCGGGCCGCUGCGGAGGAGCGAGCCGAGCCGGCAGCCCUUCCCGCGCGGGGGCCCGCUGAGACGGCCGGCGAGUACUUCACUCCUUCCCCUUCCCCCCCCCCUUUUUCUUUUUUUCUUUUUUUUUUAAAAAAAAAAAGGUCGAGGCCACAGUCGGGGUCUUGGUGGGGGGGGAGCGGCGAUCCCCGGAGCCCCCCCCCCCCGUCCCCGCUCGGCGCGGGUUUAAUUUAAUUAAUUUAAAAGGUUAUUUAUGGGGGGGGGGGGCUGCGGCCAUGCGCGGCGUGUCCCCCCCCCCCCGGCCCCGGCGGCGCCCCGGCUCGUCCCGGCGCGGCGAGCUGGCUCGCGCGGGCCGCCCCGCGCCAAUAAAGCGGGUGCUGAGUGCGG